AUGAUCAAAAAACUGCUUCAGAAAAAAUCAAAUAAAAAUAAAGAUAGUAACAGCAAUAAUGGUUCAAAACUGACAACCAAAAACAGGAUUAAAUCUUUCUUUCAUAUUGGCAGGAAAACAGUUGACCACAGAAGUGAAAUCGUCGAUUUGGAUGAAUUUCCAAAUAUAGAAUUGGAAAAACUGAAAACUGAUUUAAAAAGUUCAACAAUUCGUGACCAGGCUAAUAAAUGGAUUGAUCAGUUACUGGAUAAAGGAAUAUCUGGCAUGGAAACCGAACUAAAUAAUUUGAACAAAUCGAAAGAAAGAAUUAACACUGCAGCUUUUGAUGCCAACAUAGAUCGUAACUUUAACCAAGUAAAAAAAGCCUUUUGCACUGAUAAUUUACAAGCAGUACUCCUUGAAAAAUUCUUUCAUAAACAUCCAUACCUCACUCUAUACAAUUUUAACAAAGUAAUAUGCAGAGAUGAAAACCGUGUUAUACUUGAAGGUGAAGAGAAUAAUUAUAUUCAUGCAAAUUAUAUCAGUACUCCAAAUUUCACCAAGCAUUUUAUAUGCACACAACGUCCAAUGGAAACUACCACUGAACUUUUUUACAAGAUGCUUUUACAAGAACAAGUAGUAAGUAUUGUGAUGCUGUGCUCUCUGACCGAAAAUACCGAAAAAAAUUGCCCCGCCUAUUUUCCACAGAAACCAACCGAGAAAUCUAUGAAAUUUGGCUGUAUCACCGUCAAAUGUCUCAAUACAGAAGAAAUGAAGAAUGAACCAGGUAUUGUUGUCACUGCUUUGGAAAUUCAAGACAUCGAUAGUCAAGACCUCGUGGUUAGGCACUACUACUGCAGAAAUUGGUCAGAAAGGAGUUUUCCGGAUCCAGCCUGUUGCAUUUUCACCUUACUAUGUGCUGUACGAAGCUCCAAGAAGCCCAUUAUCGUGCACUGCUCUGAUGGUUAUCAUAUUUGCAACUUUUAUCUCACUCACUUUUACGACCAUGUUUAA